AUGGAAGAAGCAGAUCAAGAAAAAACUGCUUUCAUCACAGACCGAGGACUCUACUGUUAUAAGAUGAUGCCUUUCGGUUUGAAGAACGCGGGAGCCACUUAUCAGCGACUGGUGAACAGGAUGUUUCGGAGUCAAAUUGGCAGAAACGUUGAGGUGUACGUAGAUGACAUGCAGGUUAAAAGUAUCCAGGCAGCCAAACACAUAGAAGACCUCCGAGAAACUUUCCAGACUUUGAGAAAGUACAAGGUGAAGCUUAACCCUAUGAAGUGUGCCUUCAGAGUUUCUUCAGGAAAAUUUUUGGAGUUCAUGGUAUCACAGAGGGGUAUCAAAGCAAAUCCAGAGAAGGUCAAGGCUGUCCUUGAGAUGGAGGAACCGAGAACAACGAAACAACUCCAACGGCUGACAGGAAGAAUUACGGCCUUGAAUCAAUUCAUGUCACGGUCAACAGAUAAGUGCCUUCCCUUCUUUAAAAUUUUGAGAAAAGCGUUUACGUGGAGUGAGGAAUUAUCCCUCUCAGCGGUAAGCUCGACUUUAGUUAGAGAAAAUGCAGGGAUUCAAAAAUUAGUCUACUUUACGAGUAAGGCACUUCACGGAGCAGAGGAAAGAUAUCUCCGGAUCGAAAAGUUGGUGUUCGCUUUAAUUGUCUUGGCCAGGAGAUUGAGGCCAUACUUUCAGGCUCAUGCUAUUCGAGUCUUAACAGAGUAUCCGAUGAAGAAGACAACUAUCAAGGGGCAGGUUCUGGCAGAUUUCUUAGUAGAAUUUUGCAACAUCCCCGAAGCGGAAGAACUUCCAAAAGAAUUAACCUGGGUUGUGUAUGUGGAUGGUUCCUCGGCACGGGGCAGAAGCGGGGUAGGUGUCCUCCUCAGGAAUCUUGAAGGUCAAGAGUUCGGUUUUGCUAUAAAACUGGACUUUGUCACAACGAAUAAUGAAGCAAAAUAUGAAGCCGUAAUAGCAGGUUUGGCAUUAUCCCGAGAGAUGGGAGCAAUUAAUGUUGAAAUUCGAAGUGAUUCUCAAGUAGUGGUGGGCCAAGUUCAAGGACAAUUUGAAACACAAGAAGAUCGAAUGGCCAUAUAUCUGGACCAGGUGCGCCAAUUCCAAUCUUAUUUUGAAAGGGUCGUUAUCACAAAGAUACCUCAGGAGGAAAAUAUCCGAGCAGAUGAAUUCUCAAAGUUUGCAUCAGGAACAAAUGAAGAGAUUGAAGCGUCAAGACGACAGAUUAUUGUUUUGACCGAGCCAUCGAUAACCUCGAAGACUAACGUCAUGGAAGCAGAUACAACGCCGAACGAACCAAAAUGGGCUACAGAGAUUAUUCAAUUUCUGAGAAACGGGUUGUUACCCGAAGACAAGGUUGAGGCUCGGAAGGUGAAGAUUCAAGCAACACGAUUUUGCCUCCUCGAAGAAGUACUAUAUAAAAGGGGAUACUCCGAACCCCUACUCAAAUGCCUCUUUAAGACCGAGGUAGAUUAUGUUCUUAAGGAAAUCCAUGAAGGUGUGUGCAGAAACAAUUCGGGAGGAAGGAUGCUGGCACAAAAGACCAUCCGAGCAGGUUAUUAUUGGCCUACGAUUAGUAAGGAUUCAGCUCUUCUUGUAAAGCAUUGUGACAAAUGCCAGAGGUUCUCAAGACUUAUGAAGACAGCGCCCGAGAAGUUUACUAAAUGGGCAGAAGCAGAAGCCCAAUGCCUUUUCCUUUGGAAGUCGGUGGUGUGUCAGUUAGAAAUCCCUCAUGCGUUUGUCACAGACAAUGGGAAACAGUUUGACUGUGAACCAUUCCGGAGGUGGUGUUUAGAACUUCUUAUCCGAAACUACUAUGUCUCGGUACUGUAUCCAAAGGCGAACGGGCAGGUGGAGGCCACAAACAAGACCCUAGUAAGGACAUUGAAGAAAAAGCUUGAAAAGAAGAAAGGACCAUGGGUUGAAUAUAUUCCAGAGGUGCUCUGGUCGUACCGAACCACAAGGAGAACUCCAACAGGCGAGACGCCAUUUUCACUCACCUUUGGGACUGAGGCUGUGAUACCAGCCGAAGUGGGAUCCCCGAAUUUUCGUUUAGCUUACUACAAUCCCGGGCUCAAUGACGAAAAAGCCAAGUUACAUCUAGAUCUUUUACAGGAGAAAAGAGACGACUCUCAAGUUACAUGGGCAGCAUAUCAGAAUCGAACAACUCGGUACUUCAAUAAAUUGGUGGUCCCUAAAAAUUUUUAG